AUGGAUAAAGGUCAAGUGAACAACUUUAACACCAGUGUCAAUGCAUCAGAUGUCCACCUUGUCACACAUAGCCUGUGGGAGGUCAUCACUAUAGCAACUGUGUCGGCCAUAGUGAGUCUCAUCACAAUAAUUGGGAAUGUUCUUGUAAUGCUGUCCUUCACAGUCAACAGUCAACUUAAGACUGUUAAUAACUACUACCUACUAAGUCUGGCUUUUGCUGAUUUAAUUAUUGGUGUAUUUUCCAUGAACUUAUACACUUCCUACAUACUAAUGGGCUACUGGUCGUUAGGUAAUCUAGCAUGUGACCUUUGGUUGGCUUUGGACUAUGUAGCCAGCAAUGCCUCAGUAAUGAACUUGCUAGUUAUUAGCUUUGAUCGCUACUUCUCCAUCACAAGACCUCUGACCUAUAGAGCCAAGAGAACACCAAAACGUGCUGGUAUUAUGAUUGGCCUAGCUUGGCUUGUGUCUUUUAUCCUGUGGGCACCACCAAUUCUGUGCUGGCAGUAUUUUGUGGGCAAAAGAACAGUACCCGAAAGGCAGUGUCAAAUCCAGUUCUUUUCAGAGCCGGUGAUAACUUUCGGAACAGCAAUUGCAGCAUUUUACAUCCCCGUUUCCGUCAUGACCAUCUUGUACUGUCGGAUAUACAAAGAGACAGAAAAACGCAGCAAAGACCUGGCAGAGCUUCAAGGAGUCACUUAUUCUAUAGACUCCGACAAUAAAACUCAGCCUCAGACGACCAUCAUUAGAUCCUGCUUUAGCACCACUUCCAGAGAGCAGAAUCAAGAGUCCUGGUCAUCUUCAAGCCACAGCACUUCUGAGUGGUCCAAAUCUGACCAACUUUCCACCUUCAAUAAGUAUGCAUCAUCUGAAGAAGAGGAGCGUACUAUGUCUUCUGGGAUCCUGCUCGUCUUCAGAAACCAUGCAUGUGGGACGAGCAACACAGCGAUGCCCGAUAAUGGUGAACAGAUGACAGGUCAUGACAAAGACAAUUUCUUUCCAUCGCCAGUCAAGGGUCACUCACAAAAGAGUAAAAAGUGUGUCUCAUACAGGUUCAAACUUGCUGAGAAGGGAAGCAACUCUCCAGAAACCAAGAAUGGGGACUCCAAAGCAGAAAGCUUCUCAUUUUCCUUGGCUGAGUCUAUAAGUAUUCCUUCCACAGCCUUAUCCUCCAAGCCCAGUGACUCAACGUUAAAGAGCCAGAUCACCAAGCGCAAAAGAAUGGUCUUGAUCAAAGAAAAGAAGGCAGCACAGACUCUCAGUGCUAUACUGCUGGCUUUUAUCCUCACAUGGACACCUUACAAUAUCAUGGUGCUUAUCUCUACCUUCUGUUCGGAUUGUAUACCCCUAUCCCUCUGGCACCUGGGCUACUGGUUGUGCUAUGUCAACAGCACAGUCAACCCAAUGUGCUAUGCCCUCUGUAACAAAACCUUUCAAAAGACAUUCCGUAUGCUUCUAUUAUGCCAGUGGAAAAAGAGGGUUGAGGAGAAGACUCACUGGUAUGGACAAAACUAA